GCUCCACGAUGACAUGAGCCCGUCGAAAACAAAGAGGUGAGGUCGAAAAACAACCGAACCCCUGACUCAGUUGAGAUCGACUCCGUACGGGUAGCUCGGGCAGGUAGUGGAACAGUUCCAGAAUCAGGGCUAGUCCUUCCAGUCAGGGGAAGGACCAUGGCGAUCAUCACCCCGCGCCGCCCAAGCAAAACACAACACAGCAACUUGUCGUCCGACUCAAGCAAAAUAUCGCAGUCUAAUCAAUAAAUAUAUGAUAUUCCCUGUCAGACGACCACUGCCAGAGACUCCCAUUUCCAUCUGCCGAGGAAGGAAAGUAUAUCUUCCAACUGGCUAAACGCCAUGGGUGCUCUAUUGGCGCUCGGGGCUUUCAGCCGCCCGCCGAUCCGCAGUGAGACCAACGACGUUCCAGGCGAGCCAGGGCAACAAUUGACCUGUUUGGCACGGCUGCGAAGAAACAGUUUGCAGGCGUCUUGGCGACGAUCAAGCCACGGAGAACUCAGAUAUUAAGUUAGCAUGGUGUCUCUCUCUUCUAUUGGAAUGUGAAGGUGUUCUUUUCUUGCUCUGCUUCUUCUCUUUCUCUUUCUCUUUCCCUUGUCUCCUUUUCUCCUUCCACUUUCUCUUCAAACUUCCCCCAAAGAAAUAUGUUGAGCUCUGCAGCAGCUCAAUCCUACCAUGCCCUCUCUCAAACGCAAAGAGAAAACUGAUGCCCUAGAUGAAGACUCCUCUCGAUCCCUAGCAUCACACCUACCAACAAGAAAAGUAACCCGUGGGCUAGUUCUCACCGGUCUCGUAUUCUGCCUCCUCCUUCUCCUUCGACACAGCGGACUAGGCCCACAAAGAUUCGAGUUCAACUAUGUGUCAAUCCCAAUCCGCCCUGAGAAGUUCCCUCCCAGUUCAAUAAUACCACUACCGCGAAGACGAGCGAAGAAGAUACCAAAGAUACAGCAUGAGCUGGUGCCAGAGACGGCGAAGGAAAAGCAGGUGCGGGAGAGUAGGCUGAAAGAAGUUCGUGACGCGUUUCUGCACUCGUGGAAGGGCUAUAAGGACCAAGCAUGGGGACAGGAUGAAUUGAAACCAAUUGCUGGAGGGUACAAGACGCCAUUCUGCGGAUGGGCUGCCACAAUGGUGGAUAGUCUGGACACGUUGUGGAUUAUGGGAUUGAAAGAUGAAUUCGAACUGGCAUUGAAAGAAUUACGAAAUGUCGACUUUACGCAUAAGGAGGGGUGCAAUAUCAAUCUUUUUGAGACGACGAUUAGACAUCUGGGGGGUCUUCUCUCAGCGUAUGAUUUGAGUGGUGGAAAAUAUGUUAUUUUGAUAGAGAAGGCGGUGGAGCUUGCUGAAGUGCUGUAUACGGCUUUUGAUACACCCAAUCGCAUGCCCACGCCUCAUUAUAUUUGGUCUGCAACCGACCCAAAUAUCCGAGUCCAUUCAGCCAGUAGUUCAAUUGAACUCGCAGUACUAGGUACUCUCUCCCUCGAAUUUACUCGACUGUCCCAAAUCACGGGGAACGACAAGUAUUUCGACGGCAUCCAGAAGAUCAUGAACGAGCUCGAGAAAUGGCAGGAUCAUACUGUGCUCCCAGGAAUGUGGCCAACAAUGGCUGAUUCGGCGAGAUACAACCACAGUGUUCUUCUAGGCUCGCCAUAUGUUGGAGGAGAGGAGCAGUACACUCUGGGUGCUUUGGCAGAUUCCACAUACGAGUAUCUGCCAAAGCAAUACAUGCUUCUCGGCGGACAGAUGAAAUCCUACCAAAGCAUGUACGAGAAGUUUAUUCCAGUCGCCAAGAAAUAUCUUUUCUUCAGGCCCAUGACAGUCAAUGACGAAGAUAUUCUCAUUUCCGGAACUGUCGACAUCGCAGCCGGCGGCGCGCCUCGGUUUACCCCAGAGCUUCAACAUCUGACGUGUUUCACAGGAGGAAUGCUGGCAAUAGCGGGGAAAAUCUUCGACCGUCCCGAAGAUGUCAUUGACGGCGGUAAAUUGGCAGAUGGAUGCGUUUGGGGAUAUAAGAACACUGUCACGGGCAUCAUGCCCGAGACAUUCACAGCCGUGCCUUGCGCAAACAGGACCAGCUGCACGUGGGACUCGCAGAAAUGGUUCAAGGCUAUUGAUCCGAAUGCCGAGGAGGCGUUGACGAGGCAGAGAAUCGAGCAUGAGAAGUUGUCCCCUGGGUUUUCGCAUGUGAGGGAUGCGCGAUAUCUUCUGAGGUAAUGUUCAUUUUCGCCUCUGUGCUCCCGAUUUUGCUAACAUCCAUAGACCCGAAGCCAUCGAAUCAGUUUUCAUAAUGCACCGCAUCACUAAUAAUCCACAUUGGCGCGAAUCAGGUUGGAAUAUGUUCAAAGCCAUCCAAGCACAUACCGUGACACCACUAGCUCACUCAGCUAUCAACGAUGUCUUGAAAGGCGCGCCGGGGCAGGUUGAUGAGAUGGAGAGCUUCUGGCUGGCGGAGACGCUAAAGUAUUUCUACUUGCUAUUCAGUGAGAAUAGCGUUGUGAGCUUAGAUGAAUAUGUGCUGAACACGGAGGCUCAUCCGCUUAGACGGCCGAAGUAGCAACUUUGAGAGCUCGUGCUGAUUGACUUACAUUGUACCGCAUGGCAUGGGCCGGUGUCAGAUGGCGUUUUGACUUUGUUCUAGAAGGAUUAUUGUUUCUAUGCGAUUGGCGACUGGUGUGAGUGCAUAGUGUGCCUAAUCAUACUCGUUUACAAAAAACUGCCUAUUUGUGCUUUCAUUCUGGUGAUACUGGUUUCUCAAGCGGGCUCUGAAAACUCUUUCUCUGCGCUGAAACAAUAUUCCCGAGUCCGAUUGAUAGCCAGGGGAGCUGAGAGUCGAUCAGUUUCGAUCCGGACAAUUAGACUUGUUGGGAUGAUACAAAAGGGGGAUGAUGGGUUUUAGCCAAGCUUUACGACAAUCUAGUCAACAAGCUUAGCGGAAAGUUUAUUCUAUUCAGCUCUCGUAUUGCGCAAUGAUUCAUUUAGCAAGCUUCAUCGUUGUAUCAAGAGUCCUAAACAGGUUCUUCAGCUGAACACGAUAGUUCUACGGAAAGUUCCAGGAACAAGACUUCCUUCCAGAACCACGGGAAUGACCGAUAGAAACAAGACUUCCAGAACCACGGGAAUGACCGCUUUCCGAAAGCUACUCCAUCCCCCCACAAAACAAACGUUAAAUCUCAUGAAAUUUGGACCCCCUGUGG